AUAUACACCACGCCCAAGCUUGCUUUAUUAAGCUAUUUAUAGUAGUUACUUAAAAGAGCUGUUCUCCAUUCUCCAAUAGGUUUGGCAAAAAUGGUGGGCAAACUCAUAUUUCUGGGCUUAGUAUUCAUCAACCUAGGACUAGGUGUUCAUUGUGCGGCACCCAGGAGACCAGUGGAUGUUCCAUUCUCCACGAACUAUGUCCCAACUUGGGCUUCAGACCACAUCAAGUACAUCAAUGGCGGCCGAUCUGUGGAUCUUGUUCUUGACAGGAACACAGGGACUGGGUUUCAGUCCAAAAACUCCUACCAGUUUGGGCAUUUCAGCAUGAGGAUGAAGCUUGUUGGAGGAGACUCAGCUGGUGUUGUCACAGCAUUCUAUUUAUCGUCGAACAAUGCGGAGCACGACGAGAUAGAUUUUGAGUUCUUGGGGAACAGGACAGGGCAGCCUUACAUACUUCAGACCAAUGUGUUCACCGGCGGCCAAGGAAACAGAGAACAGAGGAUUUACCUUUGGUUUGACCCUACAAAGGGCUUCCACUCCUACUCUGUUCUUUGGAACAUGUACUGUAUUGUGUUCUUUGUGGACGAUGUACCCAUUAGGAUCUUCAAGAACUCCAAGGAUUUGGGUCUUAGGUUCCCCUUCAACCAGCCCAUGAAGCUGUACUCCAGCCUGUGGAACGCCGACGACUGGGCCACUCGGGGAGGGCUGGAGAAGACGGACUGGUCCAAAGCACCCUUCAUAGCAUCCUACACAUCCUUCCACGUGGACGGCUGCAUGGCCUCCACCUCACAAGAAGUCCAGGUGUGCAACACAGUUGGCAAGAGAUGGUGGGACCAGAAGGCGUUCCAAGACCUAGACGCCGAGCAGUACAGGAGACUCCGAUGGGUUCGCCAGAAAUACACCGUCUACAAUUACUGCUAUGAUAAGGCCAGAUACCCUACGGUUCCUAUUGAGUGUGCUAAGUAUAGAGACAUUUAAGGGAAUUUAAGCUAUUAAGGGAAGCUCUUAGCUGCCUGCAUUUACUGGGUUCUGUUCUUUAUUUCAUCAUCAGAUAAUGCAUUCAUCCAUUGUCCUGUUGGAUGGGGGAGAUAUUGUUUCUAUACUUUGCAGCAGCCAUAAUAUAUGUGUGUGAUCAUUGUAUGCCUUGUAUCAAUUCAUGUUCUCUAUUGAUAUAUAUCAUAUUUUAUUAAUGGACUA